GUGGACUUCGAUUGGCUGGCUCACUUCCGGGUGUGUGUCUCUCCUGCAGAGCAGCAUGGCAGCUGAGCCGUGGAACAGAGUAAAUAUCUCCUUCCCUGGUGCUGUUUCCAGUGUCCGGGUAACUUUCAGCUCAGCUACAGGUACAAACGUUGCAGCUCUGUUGGUUGAAAACGCGAAGGUCCUCAAACUGCUCCGCAGUGAGAUUCUUCAGACGGAGGUUCGCGUCCUCUACGAGCUGCUGUACAUCCUCAACAACAGCUUCCGGGGAAACAAGACGCUCAAAGGUCUGAAGCAGGUGGAACAAUGUGUAAACAGGCUGAAGAACAUGAAGCUGGACGUGGCUCUUGAUGAACUGGCCUGUCUGUGUCCCAGCAGGAUUCAAAGAGGACUCGGCAUCAAGACCGGUAACUGUGAUGUUCCCAGUCAGCCCAUGCUGGAGUGGCUCGGUCUCAAAGUGCUGGGAGCCGCCCAGCUGAUGAGCUGCACGCUGGACCGCUGCUGCAGAGCUUUCUCACUCUCACAUCAGCACAUGAAAUUGGAGGAGUUUGUUAUCUUGAAUUUGGUGAUAACCAGCUUGCUCAGUCGUCUGUGGGUGAUUUUCCGUGGCGUCCUGGUCAGCCUGUCCACUCUGUACAAGCAGCUCCUGGAGUUCCUCAGAGAAGUCGCCCAGGCUCAGCCCAUGCCCUUCCUCACAGACUUCUCCCUGCCCCCAGAUGUGGCUCAGCUCCUGAGUCCCUCUCAUGCAUUGUUACUGAUCGAAAGGCCAAAGCCUGGUUCCCACCCCAAAGAACACAAGGAGACGCAGAAGAAGAAGAAGAGUUCUACUGUUAUAGUCAGGAAACGUGGACAGAAGGGGAAGGUUAGGGAAGAUCUGGGUGUGGCUAUUGAAAGAGGUUUAGUUCAUGACACAGACAUGAAGUCAUUUCUGGAGUCUUUCAGGAACUUUCAAGAGACACCUAACAAGACAGACGGGACACAAAGAUUCAAGAAACUAGUGAGAGAAGCGACUUCAUUCACAGACAUGGCGGCUUAUCUGGAAGAACUGAUCACAUGGUGUAAAUCCCAGCAGAGAAAAAAGGAAAAACGUCUUUUAACCUUCCUGCAGUUGAAGUGCCACAAGAUGACGUGCCUGGAGGCUGCCGGCUACAAUGUCCAGAGGAAGUUGCCGAGCUUCAGACGGGAAGUUCUCUGGGCUUCAUCUCUUCGGGGUUCGGCGCCGAGAACCUUCCGCUUCUCUGCCUCCCUGAGGAUGAAUCCUCGCCGGAGAGCGCGUUUUCAUUACCUCAGGAGACAAUUAAGGUUUUCAACAAUCAAGACUGGUGUAAAAAAGAAACACCUGAGGAGGAGCAGAAGGUGUGAGUUAUCAGCAUCUGGACUGUCAGUGGACGAACAAAGUAGCAGGACCACACAUAAGGAGACACCUCAGACCACUGACUGUGAAGGACAAGAUGACAUAGAUGAUAUUUUUGCGUCUGUAGGUUUUUGACACUUUGAAACAAACUCAGUGGGGGGGCAGCUGAGCUGUGGACUCUGAAUGAUCAAACUGGGAUGUGACUUGAUUUUAACCUCAGUCAGUAAAACAGAUUUUAACUGGUGAUGUUUUCAAAGCAGGAAAAGUUUAAGAGAUAUAACUGGAGAUCAACAGUUCUUUUUGUGUGAUACCAGGUUCAAGGGGUUUGUGCCUUAGCUGUAAUAAAACCUUUUUAUUAUUGA